UUUCAAUAUCCAUGGCAACAGUCGUUCUAAAUACCGCAGCAAGAUGGCGGCCGCGCAACGCCGCAGAUACUCUACCGCGUCCAACCACCACCGAUGAAGAAAAAGGCGGAAGUGUACGUCGCUAAGGCUUCGAGACAACGAAAAAGAGCAAAUCCAGUGAAAAAGUAUCAACAUGUUGAAAGAGUUUGUAAGGGAACGGCUAAUUGCGGCCGCUGACGAAAUAUUCGUGUUGUUUGAAAAAACAAUAGCGUCGUAUGAGGAGGAACUUUGUCGGAAAAGAGAGGAGAACGAGCGACAACGACGUGAACUCGAUGCAGUCAGCAAAACACACGUUGUGAUGCACGACGAAGUAGCUGAAUUUCCAACAGCGCCCUGCAGGUUGACGGCGCCGGUGGCGGACGUUGUUAACCCGGGCCACGACCAAUCCGACAUCAAGCAGCUGACAGCUUGUCAAGAAGAACUUCAAGGAAGAAGCUCCAAUUUAGAGCAGGAGGCUCCACAGCUUUCCCACGUUAAAGAAGAGGAAGAGGAGGAUCCACAGCCCCUCCAUGUUAAAAAAAAGGACAAUAAUGAGCAGGAGGAGGCACUGAGCAUCAUCGUCGUGAAGAGCGAAGACAACGAAGACAAACCACCCGAGUCGUCGCAGCUUCAUCAUCGCAGUCCAAGUGGAGUCCACCGUGGAGGACAAACACCAGACCACCUCUUAGCUCCACUGUUACACAGUGACAACAUAGAAGAACCUUCGAGGAGCAACGCAGACCGCGAAGGUGACUGCAAGCGUAAAGCAAAUUUUACCUGCUCUCUGUGUGGGAACAUCUAUUCUUAUAAGUGCCAGCUGACUACGCACAUGAGAACACACAGUGGAGAAAAACCCUUCAGUUGCUCAGUGUGCCAUAAACGAUUCACCCAAAAGGUAAACAUGUUGACGCACAUGAGAACACACACUGGAGAGAAACCUUUCACGUGCUCGGUUUGUGGUAAAAAUUAUUCCUACAGGAGUAACUUGAACGAUCACAUGUGCACGCACAAAGAGAAAACCUUCAGUUGCUCGGUUUGCGGUAAAAAAUUCACUCAGAAGGCAAACAUGGUGACGCACAUGAGAACGCACACGGGGGAAAGACCCUUCAUGUGCUCGUUUUGCGGCAAAACCUUCUCUCAAAAACCCACCAUGGUGACACACAUGAGGGUUCACACGGGGGAAAAACCUUUCAGUUGCUCCAUUUGUGGUAAAAGCUUCUCCCACAAGAGCAAUUUGAACGUGCACAUGCAGUCGCACACAGGAGAAAAACCCUUCAGUUGCUCGAUUUGCGGUGAAGGAUUUAUCCUCAAGGUGGCUUUGAUCGCGCACACAGCAACGCACACUGGAGAGAAAAUGUUCACGUGUUCACUUUGUGGUAAAAGCUUUGCAUACAAGAGUAAUUUGAAUGCACACAUGCGGAGACACAAGGAAGAAGGUAGUAGCAGUUGCUCACUUGAUGGUGAAUUGACGUGAUCAAGGGUUCAUUUUUGUGCUAUCAUAGUUGGAAAAAAGUAGUUUUAUUGUGUAAAAGGUACAAAAGCAUUAUAAAACUUUCCUUGACUGUGAAUGUUGUAUAUUCACUGCAUCUGGAAAGUAUUCACAGCACAUUUCUACAUUUUGUUAUGUUAUAGUUUCAUCCAACCUGAGGGAACUUGAGAGGUGCUGCAAGAGGAAUGGGCGAAACCGCCCAAAGCUAGGUGUGCCAAGCUUGUGGCAUCAUACUCAAAAAGAUUUCAGGCUGAUUGCGGUGCAUCAGCAAAGUACAGUAGUGCCUUGAAAUAUGAGUCACCUGACUUAAGAGCUCGGGCGUGCCUGUGACCCAAGUAAGGAUAAGCGGUACGGAAAAUGGAUUGACCUGAAAGCAAAGAUUUGAGAUACGAGCGCUCUAUGGUGGCAGUGAACUCAACUCAACUCACUUCACAACAUCCAGCAGUUUGGUAGAUGUUGAACAAUUCUUCUUUCAGUCGAAGUUUACUGUCAAACUAAACAUAAAACAAAGAGAAUUACACUUUGUGUAUUUAAAAUAACCACAUAACUUUGCCUUAGGAAAGCAAUGCAAAAUGCCAUAAAUUCAUUAACAAAUAGAAUCGUGCUGCAGUGUAAGUGUGUCACCCUUUAAGCAAUGGAUAUUUAAACACAAAUGGUGGAGCAGCGCAUGCAGACAGAUAAUAUAACAUUACCCACAGGCAUAUCUUCUUUAUUCUCUGUGAAGAAUGACUGAUAUUACUGAGGGUUACUGACAAGUUGUGUAUUAAUGUAUACAGUAGACCCCUGCAGUUCGCGGUGGAUAGGGACUGGGCCUUACCGAAAAUAGCAAAAAUCUGUGAAUAAUUGAUGCUCAAUAUAAUAGCCAUGGGGAAAAAAAAUUUAAAAUCUUUUUUUAGAAUUUCUUUCCCCAGAAAAAAAACCGUGAAUAAGCGAGACGUAGGGAAAAAAUACUGCCAAUGAGCCGUUUUUGCGAAAAAAGGGGUAGACUCCCCGCACGUUCCCCAAAAACAAAAAUAAAACAAAUAUGUAAAAAAAAAAAAAAAUCUGUGAAUAGGUGAAUCCGCGGAUGCCGAAUCACAACUAGGUGGGGGUCCAUUGUAUCUGUAUUAUACUGCCCUCAGGUGGCCAAGGCAUGCACACCAAAAGGAGCAGCACAAUGUCGAUUGAAUUUAAGCCAUUUAAAAAAAAUUCUCUACAUUCUAUUGAAAGCUUGUAUCAAAUAUAACUUUUGGUGCCCCCUAAGCUUGAAUUCUGCAUUACAACAAAAGAACAGCUGUCGCUUCGAUAUGACGUAGGCAAUGCAUGUUAUGCCCCUUGAAUGUGAUUCUACAUUUUUAUUAUGUUAUGAAAGACAGCCGGUAGGGAAAAGGAUGGCUUGUUUGGAAGAAGUAAUUCUUGUUAAUUCCCUAUCAUUGCUGCAUUUUGUGGCUGCACUGUUUGGUGCUCAAUUUUGUGUAUUUUACAUCAGGAAAGCUCUAGGUCCUCAGGAAUAUGGAGCUGAAGUGUGGACUUGUGGCAGUUAUUUUGUUCUUUUUACAUCAGAGCCUGUCUGCGCUUGUGAUGAAGAUAGCAGACAUAAAUAUCCCAGGCAGUAAAACUACAGACAGAGCGAGUACUUCCCUAUUAUUUGUAUUUUGUGUUUGUGCUUUUUGUAUUUUACAUCAGGCACCUUGUUGGGCAGAUAAAGGCCUGAGACAGACGUUGAAUCGUUUGCGGCAAUUAUUUUCGUAUGAUUGUUUUCGUUUACAUCGUUUUAUUGUAUGAUUAUUUUCUGCUACAGAAGCUCAAAAUAAUAUGUUCAGUGAGCUUUUUACAACCGCGUUCAUCAUUUCUGUGUUGUCAUUUCCGGUACGUCAUUUGCGCUGCGCCACCGACUGGGCCAGCACAGAAAAUGAAUCGGGCAUCUACUACAUAUUUGAAAAAAUGCUGAAAAAUAUAGCAAGAGGUUUGAGGAGCUUAGGGGCUGACAGGCUUAAUAAGUAUUGUGCCAUCUCCUCUAGUAGUGGCUUAGGUUAAAAUGUCUUUUUAACAAAAACAAAUGUGGAUUGCAGGUUUAAUUCUUUAAUUACUGUAUGUUUUUAUAAAGUCAAGUAUUAUAAAGUGCAAUGUUAUAAACUGAUUAAAAAUAUUUUGGGGGGCUGGAGCUGUAACUGAUUAAUGGCAUUUCCAUUCAUCCAUCCAUCCAUCCAUCCAUUUUCUGAGCCGCUUAUCCUCACAAGGGUCGCGGGAGUGCUGUAAUGUAAUGAUGUAAACAGCCAGCAUUAACACAUCACUAAAGUCUCUGGGUAAAUAAAACGGCCAGCACUUUACCAUCAGCGCUUCAACAUCCUUCGAGCAGUGUUUCUCCAUCACCUGAACAUCCGCACACCAUUUGUUGUUAACGUAGACUCGAACUCCCCACGUUAGUUUUUACCCGAGGUAAUGGACAUCUGCUCCGUCCACUGGGGGUUGGUGCAUUAGCGGCAUGUCGGUAAUCCUCAGAAGCGCUACGGCUGCUCGUGGUAGGCUAACAAGUUAGCCGAAGGAUACGCCAAGUUGUUUUAUUUUGAAGGCCUGACGUUAGCAGCUACAAGAUGUUUGACUCCGAUGAUGUUGCCUUAGUGUUGCAUAGCAGACCAGAAGGGUAAUUGUUUCCUGUGUAUGUUUUUUUUAAUUUGGAAAAAAAAAAUGUUGUGUGUAGAAGUUUGAGGAAAAAGAUGAAUUUGAUCCAAUAACCCAAACUGCUGUACAUAAAUUGUGGAAAAAUUGAAGUGCUGUGAAUACUUUCUGGAUGUACUGUGCAUCAUAUAUUCUGCUGUCUUUGUUGCACGUUUUAUAUUAUAAUAUUAUCUCAUUCUCAUUCUUAUUUAAUAUUGCAAUUGCAACAUUUGUAUGUUUUUAUGUCUACACGUACAAUCAUAAGUCACAUUUUGUGUGCGUUUGUGUGUUGGCAUAUGUACUCUCAAUUGUAAUGAAGCUUCAUUAAAUCAAGGUGGUGUUAAUAAAUUAUGUUUGUGAUGUACUGGUUGUAUGGCAAGAGCCAAUGAAUGGACUGAAACAUUCCAAGUCACUUUACGUGACGAUAUAAAAUACACGUAAAGAAAAAUGUUUCCGAAGUUUCUGAUGCCUGAAUGUUUGCAGUUUUUAUUUUUUCCAACCAUUUUUUCCCCCGAGUUUCUUUUCCUUUGGAAGUUCCACACUGUGAACGCUGUGGAUCGUCCUCUGUUGCUCACGUUCUUUGCAAUAAAAAUGACAGCGCUCCUUU